AUGGGCGAGCUCCCGUUCUUCAGGGCGCGCACGGCCUUGCACCCGGACCACCUGUGGAUCUGGGAAAGGUCCGUGUACGUGGACGAGAACCAGCGUACCUGGCUGCCCAUAAUCAUUGAGAUGGAGAGUAGCCUCCAAGUACUCAUGCGGCAGGAAGAUGUGCUCCCGGGGGAGGCUGUGUGCCCCGGCCUGCUAGCCCCCGGCCUGCUGCCCUCCAUGUGGCAGCUCUACCCUGAAAGACGAUACCGAGGCUCAGACUCCAGUUUCUGGCGCAUCGUGUACCACAUCGAGUUCAGUGGCACGGAGGAGAUGCUCCUUGAGCAGCUGCCGGACCCGGAGUAUGAGUGACGAGGUUACGGGCAUUGUGGAUUAUCACGCCAACUGCGCCGGGGAUCGUUUGACUCAAUAGGUCACCAGAAUGAGCUUCGAGGAAGUACAGUAACUUCUUAGGUCCCAGAGCCAGGUUCCAAAUCCAGGCGU